AUGCAAGACGACAGCUUAGAGUCCUCAACUUCAAUAUCUCAGCUUCUGAGAGAAAGUUAUUUAGCUGAAACUAAACAUCGAGGGAACAGUGAAAGAAGCAGAUCAGAGUCCACUUCUCAUAAUUUCCUUUAUGGCAACACUUGUGGUGAUUCAGAUGAGAUAGCCUCCCAAGACGACCUUCCAGAUCUCUCUGCCUUUUUGAGCCAAGAAGAGCUAAAUGAAAGUGUAAACCUGGCAAGACAAGCUAUUGAUCAGAAUCCACUCGAAACUAAACAGGAUGAGCUUCAGACACAUUCACAUUAUCCCUCGGAUCAACUGAAAAACAAAGGAAAAAACAAACAAAUGGCCCACUCUACAGCUCUGAAAACAUCAGACAAUGGCCUGCACACAAACUUUUGUCAGGACCACGUCAGAGAUACAAAAGGCUCCAAAGGGAACUCUCAAGACCUAAAGAAACAACACCUUCCCUCCGAAUCAGAAUCAAAAAAGGAAUUCCUGAACAAGGCAGCAGAUUUUAUUGAAGAGCUCUCUUCACUUUUCAAAGCUCACAACUCUGAAAGAAUAAGACCCCGAACAUGCAAAAACUACAGGAGCAAAAUCGAUUCUAAGAAUAAAUCUGCUCAAAAAGGUAGCUCUAGCCUCUCUAGUACAACAGAAAACAGAGAAAGGCUUUCCAUUCCACUACCUCAAGACCUGGAAAAUAAAGCAGAGAAAGCAUUUGAAAAACUAGAUGAUCAACCAGCAGCAAACCUGGAAUCUAUCAAUCAAUUGACAAGUGCAGAACUAAAAACAGAGUCAGAAUCUGCAUCCAUAUAUUCUGAUGAGCCCAUUGGACAGCCACCACGCUUCACUCAAAAACUGAAGAGCAGGGAAGUUCCUGAAGGAACCAAAGUGCAAUUGGACUGCAUUGUGGUAGGAAUCCCAGCACCUGAAGUCAGGUGGUACUGCGAAGGGAAGGAACUUGAAAACUCACCAGACAUUCAAAUUACCCAGACAGGUGAUCGACACUCAUUGGUUAUUGUUGAGGCUUUUGAGGAGGAUACAGGACGUUACUCGUGCUUUGCUUCAAACAUCUAUGGAACAGACUCCACCUCUGCGGAGAUUUACAUAGAAGGAGUCUCUUCUUCUGACUCUGAAGGUGAAACCAUCAAAGACGAAAUGGAUCACAAUGCAAAGCCAGCUGACACCUCCCUGAAGGCAGCAUCUCCUGCUACUAGAGCUGCAACCAAGCACCAAGAAACCUCCAAGGCACCAUCAGCUGUGGUUCAGCCUGUGUCUGUACCUGUCCAGCCUGUGUCUACGCCAGUUACUCAGGCUCAAAGCCCCACUAACUAUUUGCAAGGAUUGGAUGGAAGACCUAUAGUUGCUGCUCCUGUAUUUACGAAGAUGUUACAGGACAUCUCAGCUUCUGAGGGGCAGCUUGUAGUAUUUGAAUGUCGGGUGAAAGGAGCUCCGUCCCCAAAGGUUGAAUGGUACAGAGAAGGAACACUAAUAGAAGAUUCUCCAGAUUUUCGGAUACUACAGAAAAAACCACGAUCUAUGGCCGAACCAGAGGAAAUUUGUACUCUGGUUAUUGCUGAAGUAUUUUCAGAAGACUCUGGCAGCUUCACCUGUACUGCAAGCAAUAAAUAUGGCACAGUAUCUAGUAUAGCUCGUCUAACUGUCAAAGCAUCUGAAGACAGUAGUAAUGCUGCUGCCCUUCACACAAUGAGCUCAAUCAACUUAGUUGCUGCUGAACAUCAGUCUCCCCCACAUAUUCCUUCCCAACGUGUAAAUCAACCUCCCAAACCUAAACUUGAAGGUGUUCUUGUGAACCACAAUGAACCCAGAUCAAGUUCCAAGAUAGGUCUCCGUGUGCACUUCAAGCUGCCUGAAGACGACAAGGAAAGUGAGUCACCACCAGAGGAUGGACUCAGCACUACAAACCAAACCAGACCCAACUAUUUCCAGGACAGGAUAAAUGGACAGCCAGUGAAAGUACCAGAGCCAACAUCACCAUCCAAGGAACCCCCCCCAGUACUGGCUAAACCAAAGCUUGAUCAGACCCAGUUAAAACAGCUCCACAACCAAGUCUUGCUUGAACAACAGCUUGUGCAUCAGACGUCUACAAGAGAGCUGUCAUUCAACACAGCUUUAUUGAACUCUGCUACUUCAUUCAAUCAACAAUCCACCUCAAGCACGUACAAACAAAGCAAAGCCUCUGCUUCACAAGCAUUCAACUAUACCCGACCUAAGCAGUUCCUACCAUCACAGACCCCACCGCCUACCAUUUCCUCUUCUAGCUCCUCGGUGACAAUUUACAGCAGUGUCUCUCAAGGAACUCAAAGAACAAAUAACAAGGAAAAUGUCACGGCAAAUCCUCCACCUACACCAUCAAGGCCAUCAGGAGCAUUUACAAGCAAAAGUGAUCAGUCUCUACCAAGCCCAAAAGAAUCCACGGUGCCUCCGUUAACACUGUCUACAUCCAGUGUAAAACAAUUUCAGCCACAGAGUGUGACUCCUACUCCUGUCUCCCCAACUGGUCGAAUUCCAAAUCCAGUAGCUUUCCUUAGCGCUGUUCUUCCUUCACUUCCUUCUGCACCAUCAACCAAUGCUAUGGGGCUGCCCAAAAGUACACCAGUCACCUCAACCCAGGGAUUAACAAAGAAAAAUCUGAAGCCUCUGCCAUUAGCAACAGAUGACUCUAUUCGGGAAAAUAAAGCUGCACUUGUAAAGGACCUGGAAAGAAAACUACAUUUCAGAGAGGACAUUAAUCAACAAAGUAGUCAGCAGGAAUACAGGAUUUCAAGCUUUGAGCAGAGGCUGAUGAACGAAAUAGAAUUUCGCCUUGAACGCACCCCAGUGGAUGAAUCAGAUGAUGAAGUGCAACAUGAAGAAAUCCCUACAGGCAAAUACAUAGCACCCAUCUUUGAUAAGAGACUCAAGCAUUUCCGGGUAAUGGAAGGAUCUCCUAUCACAUUCACUUGCAAAAUUGUUGGAAUACCUGUUCCCAAGGUAUAUUGGUUCAAGGAUGGCAAGCAGAUUUCAAAGAAAAACUCACGUUUCAAAAUGAGCAGAGAGGGAGAUGGAACAUGUUCUUUACAUAUUGAAACUUCUACUAAUGAUGAUGAUGGAAACUAUACCAUUAUGGCUGCAAACCCACAAGGAAGAGUCAGUUGUUCAGGCCACCUGAUGGUUCAGAGUAUCCCUGUUCGGGGCCGAAUAUCAACAAUUCAGCCUCACAGAACACGAUCCCGGGUACCAGAGGGAGACAGAGAAGCAGUUCAAGAACGCUUUUUCAGGCCCUAUUUUCUACAGGCUCCAGGUGAUAUGGUAGCACACGAAGGGCGACUUUGUAGAUUGGAUUGUAAGGUGAGUGGGUUACCAACGCCAGACCUGACGUGGCUUCUGAACGGCAAACCUGUAUUACCAGAUGGCACCCACAAGAUGCUGGUCAGAGAGACUGGAGUUCACUCUCUGCUCAUUGAUCCUCUCUCACAAAAUGAUGCUGGAACUUAUACUUGCCUUGCCACUAAUAGAGCAGGACAAAAUUCAUUUACUCUGGAGCUGACUGUUGUAGCAAAGGAAGUAAAAAAAGCCCCCAUGUUUUUGGAGAAGCUUCAGAACUGUGGUGUUCCAGAAGGGUACCCGGUCAGAUUAGAGUGCAGGGUUGUGGGAAUGCCACCCCCCAUAUUUUACUGGAAGAAGGAUAAUGAAACCAUCCCAUCAAACAGAGAGAGGAUGAGCAUGCACCAAGAUACAACCGGGUAUGUCUGCCUUCUGAUUCAGCCUGCCAAGAAAGCCGAUGCGGGCUGGUAUACCUUGUCUGCAAAAAAUGAAGCUGGUAUUGUCUCUUGUACUGCUAGACUUGACAUAUACGCUCAGUGGCACCAUCAAAUUGCACAGCCAAUAAAGCUUCGACCUGGUGGUGGUCGGUAUGCAAACCUUACUGGUCAAGGACUCGAGAUUUUUUCUGCCUUUCCAACUACUGAAAGCCCUAUGCUGUUUUCAUCCCCAACCCAAAAGGUGGUGGAAAGUGAAGAACUUUGA